UAAAAAAUCCCGUAAGAACCUAACAAAAUGAAUUUAAAUGCAGAUUGGUUUUAUACUCAUCCCUCAUUACCAACGCCCAUAUCAGUGACUCAUGAAGACCUGCAAAGUGGUCGACAAGUAAACAACAGCUGUAAAAAAAUGGGACGUAAGCAAGUAAAUUUCAAUGUGUACAAUUCCAAAAAUUCUAGCUUGGAAAAUAAUAAACCUAAUGUUAAUCAUGAAAAUCAGGAAAAAUCUUUUAAAUCAACUACUUAUCGUUGUGAUUAUUAUGCACCCUAUGCUCCCUUGUGUCCGCCAAAACCUGUAUUAGAUGAUAAUUUGGAUCCACUAUUUAAUCGUCGUCCGGUAAAUGUUUUUCAAAUGCUUCCAUGGGCUCCUGGGAAAUUUAUGGAUGGUCAUUUCUCUCAACCGAGUGAAGCGAGAAAACGCAUUAAUUUCUUUCGACAAAUCCGGCAAAAAUCUUUUUUAUGAUAAUCUGGGAAACAAGGACAGCUUACUUUAAUAACAAAUACAUAUGUAUGUGGAAAUAAUUGCAAAUUUUGAAUAUAAAUGCAGGUAACUGCAAAGGCGA